AUGAAGCUCAAGAGGCCAGUGGUCAUGAAGAUUAAUGGCAGCCUGUCCAGAAAGCCAUUAAACUAUCGACUGGCGAAGCGUCUGGUGUUCCGGAAGGUUCGGAAGGCGCUGGGGCUGGAUCGCUGUACGAGGUGCUACACCGGAGCAGCUCCCAUAACCAAAGACACGCUGGAGUUUUUCCUCAGUCUGGACAUUCCUCUGUUUGAGCUCUAUGGCAUGAGUGAGAGCUCUGGACCGCACACCAUCUCACUGCCCGAUGCCUUCAGACUCACCAGCUGUGGAAAGGUAAUUCCAGGCUGCAAGACGAAGAUCUUCAACCCUGACGUUGAUGGCAAUGGAGAGAUUUGUUUCUGGGGUCGUCAUGUGUUCAUGGGCUACUUGAACAUGCCCGAUAAAACCGAAGAGGCUCUGGAUGCAGAUGGCUGGCUGCACUCGGGUGACCUCGGAAAACACGACCAGGAUGACUUCCUGUUUAUCACCGGACGCAUUAAAGAACUGAUCAUCACAGCCGGAGGUGAAAAUAUUCCCCCAGUGCCCAUUGAGGAUGCUGUUAAAGAGGCCGUUCCGCUCAUCAGCAAUGCCAUGCUUAUCGGAGACAAGAGAAAGUUCCUCUCCAUGCUGCUCACCGUUAAGUGUCAGGUAAACAACGAAACGGGCACUCCCGAAGACGAACUGACUCCUGAGGCGGUGGAGUUGUGUAGUAAACUCGGCAGCAACUCCACACGAGUCAGCGAGAUCGCCGGUGGCCGUGACCGAGUCGUAUACGCGGCUAUUCAAGAAGGCAUCAACCGCGUCAACGAGAAAGCCACCUCGAACGCCCAGCGCAUCCAGAAAUGGACCGUUUUGGAGAAGGAUUUCUCUAUCCCUGGCGGAGAGCUGGGUCCCACGAUGAAGCUCAAGAGGCCAGUGGUCAUGAAGAUGUACAAAGAACAGAUUGAGAACUUUUACAAAGAAGUCUUGACCCCAACCACCCCAGACAACCCUCUGCCUCCUAAAUAGGUGUCCAACAAAAGGCCUUGUCACCCACUUCAGAGAUAGGAGACGAAGGGACUGACAUGGUCUAAAAAACACACUUACAUAGGAACACCACUCAGACCUUGUUUUGCUUGUCCAUUUUUGAGUUAAUAUUUGUUCAGGGUUUUGUAAUUGUUGUUCAUUUCAUACUGUUUACAUUUUUCUGUUUUAUAGCAAGAAGGAAAACAUGUUUAUAAAAAACAAAAAGCCAUUUGUGAAUUUGACUUUUUUUUAUUUUUGUGGCGAUUUACUAUUUAUUUUCUUGCCUAAUUAUAAGGGUGUCUUUUAAGCCAUGUUCUUGAUUUAUAUGUAAGUGCAGGUGACUUGAAUGUCUGUGUUCAGAGAUAGCAGUUAAUGUAUGGUUAAAUUUAUCAACAAAGUUUGUGAAAUCUUAAUACCUAACAAGCAAGCUUACACAUCAGGGAUGACUGAAUACUUUGAGAAAAGCAUUUUGUGGUUGUGCUCUUUCGUCAAUGGCACUGCUGCCACCAAAAACACUUGAUUGUUUAAAGGAAACUAGGUGUUUGUUAAGGAACAACCUCGAGACAUUCUGUGAAGAUCAUUUAGCAAGAAUCCCAUUCCAUAUAAGCCAUAAAUGUUUCUGUUUGUAUGUUUUUUUUGUAACCAAAUGUGUCAUUUGAAUGUUUGUUUCGCUUAUGCAGUUGGUUAAUUUUGUCAUUUGAAUUCUUUGUAAAAUGAAUCUGUUAUAUAGUGUAAAUACAUAUUGCAUACAUUUGUUUUUCUGAUUUGAUGCUUUGGUGCGUCACUCUGACAAUCCUCAAAGUAGCAAGAGGUUGGAUGUCAUGCAGUCUCGUGUCAGCAUGAGCUUUAUGAAAAACCAUAUAAUAUGGAUUGAGAGAACAGGUUAAUAUUUAUUUAAUGAAAAAGGGAAGAAAUGAAGAAGCUGGUGUGAGGAGGUCAGAAUUUGAUUCGCCAAGCUGUAUUGCAUUAUUUUUUGCUUUGCAUGUGCAGAAAGUAUAUUUCGACCAAAAAUGUAACUGAUUUUAUUUCAAUUGUAUACUGCAUAGUAAAAAUGAUAACAAUGCAAUAUAGAAAAAGCAUAUGGAUUGAUCAAAGAGGUUAAAUGAUCGAACUUUGGAAAGUUUGUGAAUUGGGAAGUGCUAUUUAAUCAGUCAAGUGCAAAAAC